CUGCCGGCAGUCAGUUGUUCAGUCAGUCGGGGUCCCGAAGAGAAGAGCUGAGCUAAGAGCAGAGCGGCCGCCGACACCUGACACCUCAGACCUCACCAGUCCAGUCAAGCAACAGUGCACUCAAACGCUCCCACGUAGCUCAGUCGAACAGUCAGCCAGAUGAACGAACUCAACAGAGCAGCUACAAGCAUGUCCCUGACCGUGGAGCAGCUGCUCCCGGACGACGUGCUGCUGGAGGUGAUGCAGUACCUGUCGGUGGAGGACGUCUUCGCCUGUCGCCUCGUGUGCAAGAGGCUCGAGGCCUUGGCGCGGGACCCCACCGUGUGGUGCCACCGCCGGAUCGACAUGCACCGCCCGCGCGCGGUGCUGCGCCUGGCGCCGUGCCUGGGCGCGAUUGUGUGCAAGGCCCACCACGAAAGCGGAUUUCAGGGGGAUCCAGAUCCAGCGUUCGAGGCGACCAAGUGCGCAGUGACGUCUCUAAACUUCGAGUUAACCGCCGAAUACGUAGACAUGUUAAGAAGCGACGAAGAUUUCCGCAGCAGGUUGACGUACUUCGCCCGAGUGGUGCGCAAUCAGGUAACUCUGGGACGCCUGAAGCACGUGACCGUGCAGAUUAGGCAGCUCUGUGGCGGCUACUUCCUUUGGCUGACAUUUAGUUCACCACGAGGUGCUGCUGACGCGUUGUUGGACGCGUUGGCGCAGUCCUCUUGCCUGCAGUCUCUCCGCUUUCUGGGUUGGGUUCCCUCUGCAACCCGCCCCUUGCAGCGUGUAUCGUCCAAGUCGUCCUUGCUGCUCUUCGAGUGCUGGCUUUCAAAGAAGUCCGAGUCGUUUGUAAAGGCCAUGCUGACGGCUCACGCCGAUACGCUGGAGGAAGUCAGCCUUUUCGAUAGAGGAAGGGAAAUGGGAAGCUGGGGCUCCAACGACGUCGUCGCCAGCCCGGAGAUAACUGAGCUGCUGGCUCGCAUGCCCAGACUCCAACGUCUGAAGUACGAUAGACUUUCUCCGAUUGACGCAUUGGCCGCGUGUAAGACUCUGAAGGACGUGACCCUGUCUAAAACAUCGUCCGGGUAUAACGCCGCUGACCCACCCCUGAGUAAAACUCUGAAGUUCCUCAGUGAAGCCAACCAGCUGCGCUCCCUGACCAUCCACCCGUGUUAUGACGACAACUGCGAGGAGCUGAUGGAAGCCGCCCUGGUGUCGUCCGCACUGUCCCUGGAGCGCCUGUUUAUAAGUGGAGACCAGUCGUGUGGCGCCACUUCGGAUUCGUAUGCGCAUAUGAAAAAAGUGCAACAACUUCUGAUCCGAACACUGCCCCGGCUUCCCGCGCUGCGACAGCUAACCUGGAAUCCGGAGAGGCUCUUUCAAUGCGACGAGCUAUUGCUGGCCAUCACGCCCCUCUCAGCCCCUGCCCUGCGCAGGCUCGAGCUGAUCUCUACGAUAGACAACGACAGACGUGGCUCUGAAUGCGAUCACCGUUGGCUACACAGUGCCGCUGUCAGGGCGACCCUCGCAGCAAUCCCCUGCUGCACAUCCAUCUGCGGAACCCACAGGCUUGUAUUAAUUAUUGCGAUUCGUGUGCAACGCUCUGCCAUCUCGAGGCGGGAUGGAAUUUCCCCGGCCGGCUUGUCCUCUUCGCGCAUGAGCCUAGCAAGUGUCCCGCAUCAGAGGACCACACUGCAGGAGGCCGCGAGUGGAGGAGCAUCCACAUGCCUUGAAAACGACUGCAGUAGUUUACUCCCUUUGGUGGCUAAGUGUUUUUAUAUUGCCAGUAUUUGUACCGUGCCAUAUGUCAUGCAUGGACCAUUGUCAAAAAUAUGCCAAGUGAACAAUUUUGCGUAGUGUUUGGAACGUUUCUUUCAUUUUUUUUCUGUUCAAGUAAAAUAAAAUGUUCAACUUGUA